UUCAGUCACGGACGGGGCUGCCGCCGCCGCGCCAAGUGUGGGGCGAAACGGAGCGAGAGGCUGCGGCGGCCGAGGCUGCCAGCUAGCCGCUUCCCCCCGCCCACUCCCACCUGCGCCGCCGCCCGCCCCUUUCUCGUUACCCACGGGCGAUCCGCCGGGCGCGCCUCGUCCCCCCGGGCUGCGGACCCCCGGCCCCGGCCGCCGCCCGACAGCUCUCUCCCCUCCUCCUCCUCCGCUCCCCUUCCCCUCUCCGCCCCCCUUCUAACCAGGCUGCGCCCCCCCGGCCGGCCCCGGCAUGAGCAUCUCCAUCCCGGCGGGGCUGACGGAGCUGCUGCAGGGCUUCACGGUGGAGGUGCUGCGGAGCCAGCCUGGGGACCUGCUGGAGUUCGCUCUCCAGUACUUCGGGCGCCUGAAGGAGGAGGCGGCGGCGGCCAAGGCGGCGGCAGCGGCGGAGAAAGGGGCGAGCGGCCGCAAGGCAGGCACCCCCGCGCCCGGCCAUGACAGGGGCGGCCAGCCGCCGCGCCGGGUUCCCCUCGACGCCCGCGGGGUCAACUUCGCCGAGGAGCCCAUGCAAACCGACUCCGAGAGCGGCGAGGAUGAAGAGCAGUUCCCGGGUAAGGGCCCCCCGCCUCGCCCGGCUCUGGAGGGAAGGAGCGACGCGUCCGGUAAGGACAGGCACGGCGGAGGCGGCUCCCUCAGCUACCCGGGCUCAGCUCCAGCAAUAAACCGAUUCACCAGACGGGCAUCAGUAUGUGCAGAAGCUUACAAUCCUGAUGAGGAAGAGGAUGAUGCAGAAUCCAGGAUUAUUCACCCUAAAACAGAUGAUCAAAGGAACAGACUGCAGGAGGCAUGCAAAGACAUUCUUCUAUUUAAGAACCUAGAUCCGGAGCAGAUGUCUCAGGUCUUAGACGCGAUGUUUGAAAAGCUGGUUGAAGGAGGGGAACACGUCAUUGAUCAAGGGGAUGAUGGUGACAACUUCUACGUCAUUGAUAGAGGUACAUAUGAUAUUUAUGUAAAAUGCGAUGGUGUUGGGAGGUGUGUUGGAACCUAUGAUAACCGAGGAAGUUUUGGUGAGUUGGCCUUAAUGUACAAUACACCCAGAGCAGCUACAAUUAUAGCUACUUCUCCUGGUGCCAUCUGGGGUUUGGACAGGGUAACGUUCCGAAGAAUCAUUGUAAAAAAUAAUGCCAAAAAGAGAAGAAUGUAUGAAAACUUUAUUGAGUCAUUGCCAUUCCUUAAAUCUUUAGAAGUAUCUGAGCGUUUAAAAGUGGUCGAUGUGAUUGGCACCAAAGUGUACAAAGAUGGAGAACAAAUCAUUGCUCAGGGUGACUUGGCUGAUUCUUUCUUCAUUGUGGAGUCUGGAGAAGUGAGGAUUAUAAUGACAAGAAAGGGUAAAGAAGAUGUAGAAGAGAACGGAGCAGUUGAAAUAGCUCGAUGCUCGAGAGGACAGUAUUUUGGAGAACUUGCUCUUGUAACUAACAAACCGCGAGCUGCUUCUGCAUUUGCUCUUGGCACUGUCAAGUGUUUAGUUAUGGAUGUGCAGGCAUUUGAAAGGCUUUUGGGACCUUGUAUGGAAAUUCUGAAAAGAAACAUUGCAAACUAUGAGGAGCAGCUAGUUGCUCUGUUUGGAUCAAACAUGGACAUUGCCGAUCCCAGUGCAUGAACUAAACAUUGGAGCGACAAGAUCUGUUAUGAGAAUAUAGCACAGUAGUGGUUAGUCCACUGAGAAAUUGUCUCUCUUCCUAUAGAUGCCAAGCAUUUUCUGUGAUUUUAAGAGUGGGGUUGGGGGGUAUUUUUUUGACUUAUUACAGUGGAAGUACUAAUAAACAAACCAGGAAUUUAAUAAAUUGUGGGCUUGAUUUUUUUAAAGUGCUUAGCAUUGCUGGUCUUGUCUGCCAUUAAGACGAUCCAUAGUAGCACAGCACCUUUCAAAAUCAAGUCCUUUAACAAAGCAUUUCCUUAAAGAGUAGAUGUCAGAAGGCCCUCAUAUGAUGAACUUCUUAAAUGAGCUUCUGUUCUUCAAAAAGGUUACAACUUUUCUGGAAAGACUGUUAGUUUGAAUGUGAUAUGUUGAAAGUAUUAGUGCACACAAAGUGUUUAUAUGUAUUAAUACAGAAGAUAUACAGUAGAUAUUACUUUCUAUUACAGUUGUCAUGAUUUUAUGUUGCAUUUAUCACAGAUGUAGUGAAUCACAAGACUAAUCGUAAGAUAAAGCAUGACAAUGCAUUUUGUGUAAUGCUCAUGACCCGAAAUCUGAUUUUUAACAUUUUGUAAUUUGUUUUAAAGUCCUCUUUGUUUAAUAUGUCAUGUUUCAGCACGACAUUGUAAUAUCUUAUGCAAUUUAGAGGACUCGUAUAUUUUUGCAAUAAACUGCAUUUUUUAUUAGUUACAUGUAUUCUGUACAGUCUAGAGUGAGGACAGCUGACAAAGUAACCUUAAUGCUUUACAAGCAAAGGCAUAGGUCAUUGUCGUGUUCUGCCCAGUCAUAUAUAACCUAUAUUGUUUUCCUUCUCCCUUGUUUUAUAUUUAUGCAUUUUGUCUUCUCCCUCUAUGCUUGUUCUGUAGUUAUUUUUUUUUUAGAUCUCACCUUUUUUAUCUGUUAAAUCUUUUACCUAUUUCAAAUUAAAUGAUCUCCCUGUACCUCUCUUUUUGCAGUCUAAUCCUGGGUGUCAAAGACCAGAUUCAAUUAGUGAAGUGAUUGAUAUCAAAGCUUGUUCUUGACAAAUCCUUAGGAGGAAGUAAAAAAAACCCAAUAAUAAUUGAAAAAGAUAAUACUGCAAAAGCUCUGCACACAUCUGCAAAGUGUGUUGUUGUUAAAGCUAACGUGUCCUGCAUUCAAAAACCUGUAGGUCAUCAUCAAAUAGUAUCUGUUUAGCCAUUAAUGCAUGGGACACCGGCUAAGACCGAGGAGAGAGAAUAUCAUUUUAAUUAAGAGCACAGGGCUCAUUGCUUACAAGGGUCUGUGACUGGAAAUUUCAGGCACAGUCCAAUUUCAGUACUGCUUACUGACCUGUUGGUUGAUAUACAUGGAAAGCUAGUGCAGAGAGUGACGACUGGCAGUAACUCUGCCAAAGUGAUACUACAAAAUGAUGGGAAGGCUGCUUGUGCCCUGUUUCAGUCACUUGAAUUACAACAUCUUUCCUUCUUAGGUUAUGACUUUUCUAAUGCCAUAUAUUUGUGUAUGUUGCUGUAAUUCUUAUCCUAUAGUUAGUGAUACAUUCUGACAAUUUAUAUAAUCAUACCUGUCUAUGAAAUUAUGAUUAUAUGAUAAUAUAUAAUUUAUAUCAUACAGUAUGAUAUAAAUUAUAAGUCAGUUUCCUGACAAAAUACAACCUGAGCAAAAUUUACAAAUCUCAUGGGUUUUUUUUACCUAGAAACCUGGAAAUGAAUAAUUGCACAUAUGAUAAUUUGCCUUUGAACUUCUGAUUUAUGGAAAAAGAGAAGCCUGUUAUACUAGAAGGAAAAAUCAGGUAACCAAAAGCUACAUUCCUGUCAUUCUGUAUGCUCAGUCUCUGAAAGCUACCUAUAUUUUGCACUAGCUUGAUGUGAUUAAGAAAAAUGCUAGAAAUCACUUGUACGGCAGUAAACUGCAAUCAAGGCCAUUAAUGCCAGUCACGAUAUUUUCAAUAUUGUUGGUUAUAUUUAAAGUUUCCUUACAA